AUGCCACCAAAAAAGAUCGCCAUAGUCACAAGCAGCACUCGCUCUCCACGACUAAACCCUACAAUAACCCGCUACAUCUACGAAACUCUGAACAAAGACCCCGAAAUCCCAACCCGGAAGAUCAUACCACACAUAUCCUCGAACACAAACACAGACCCAAUUCCAAUUCCAGAGACAGAUAUACCCGAUACAGAUCCACGACACAUAACACUAUCGAUAAUCGACCUAAAAUCUCAAAACCUCCCUCUCUACGACGAACCCAUAAUACCCGCCACCCUCCCCGCAUCCAACCCAGCACCCCACUACAAAAAGCCACACACGCGAGCCUGGUCCACAGUAAUCCAGGAAUACGAUGCCUUCAUCUUCGUGACACCACAAUACAACUGGAGUGUACCCGCGAGUCUAAAAAAUGCACUCGAUUACCUUUUCCACGAGUGGAAAGGGAAACCCGCGGGGAUAGUGACGUAUGGUUCCCGCGGUGGAGUUAAGGCUGCAGAUCAUUUACGGGGGAUUUUGACUGGACUUCGUAUGAGAGUUGUUCCGACUAGUGUUGGGUUACCUGUUAAGUUUACGGGAGUUCCGGUGGGGACAUUGUCUGAGGAGGAAGAGGAAGUUUUUAUUGAUGAAAGGGAUUUGGAAGGGUGGAAGGAGGCUGGGGUUGAAGGGAUGUUGAGGAAUUUGGGGAUGGAGAUUGUUUGUGAAUUGGAUAAGAAUUAG